AUGGGGAAAAUAGGCACCAAGUUGCCAGGUUUCUGCCUAAACAGAAUUAGGCCCCAUGUUAGAGUUCGUUCUCCAACAAUACAGUCCAAGGUAGAUGCUGCCUCAGAUGUCACCAAAAACAAUGCUGAUAAAAAAGCUGAGAAUUCUGGCAAUGUUGGGGGAGAAAAAGCUGGUGGUAAUGGAGCUAUAGCUAGGAAAAUCAUGAUUGUGGUUGAUUCUAGCCUUGAAGCUAAAGGAGCUCUGCAAUGGGCUCUCUCUCACACUGUUCAGAGCCAGGACAAACUUGUCCUGCUUCAUGUAACCAAACCUUCAAGUUCAAAACAAGCAGCUGGUGAGGAGCCCAGCAAGGAUGUAGCUCCAAGGGCUUAUCAACUUGUUCACUCUUUGAGGAACAUGUGUCAGUUGAAGAGACCAGAGGUACAAAUUGAGGUUGCAGUGGUGGUAGAAGGUAACAAGGAGAAAGGUCCAACUAUACUGGAAGAGGCCAGAAAACAAGAGGUGGCACUGCUUGUUCUGGGGCAGAAAAAGAGGUCUACGACAUGGCGUUUGCUGAUGAUGUGGGCAGGCAACCGGGUGGGCGGCGGUGGCGGCGGCAGCGUUGUGGAGUACUGUAUACAAAACGCCAGUUGCAUGGCAGUUGCUGUGAGGAGGAAAAGCAAGAAAGUUGGAGGCUAUUUGAUUACCACAAAGCGCCAGAAAGAUUUCUGGCUCUUGGCUUAA